AGUACUCUAUGAUCAGGAGUACAGGAUAUGUUCUCCCAUCUCCCUCCCUCUCCCGCAGCACCUCCCUCACUCCCCCGCAGCACCUCCCUCGCUCACCCGACUACCUCCACCGCGGGUCGCCGUAUCCAAGCCUCCGAGCGUCGAACAACCAGCCCCCACCCACAUCCAAGGGGGGCGUGCCGCCGCCGGUAAUGGCCAGCAUCACCGUGCGCUCGACCGCCUCCCGACCCUGGCCUCGUCGCCAGAUCCGUACCCCGCCAUGGCUCGGCCCCCGUCCUCCUCCGACCUCCUGCUGGUUGCUGCGGCUGGAUCCACCCUUCCAACCUCCAGAUCCGCCGCAGCCCUGCCUUGCCUCACCGCCCUGCGUCAGUCCCGCGGCUGGGCUCUCCAAUCCGCGGCCUCACCUCCAACAGCAACCCCGCUCCCCUGCGACGGAACUGAGCGCCGCCGUCCCCCUUGCGCUUCCCCCCGGUGGCUUUUCCUCACUUCCAGGCAAAUCUGUCCCACCUUCCCUCUGCCACCAUGACUGCUCGGUUUGACCAGCGAGCCCUGCCGCCAUGAUUUGGUCUAAGAGCAACGUCGGGCACCAGCAGGAGAGCCAUCGCCGGAGGUGCUGGUGUGGCCGAAUCCGGAUAUGCACAAAAGGGGAGGCGCUGAGCUCCUAGCAGCCGACAACAUGGCCUCUUUCCGCCCACGGAGAGCACGACCGGCGACGGGCUCAGGAUGACCCAGUGCAGCUCAUUGGCUCAUUGCGUGCAGCUCUCCUACUGAUGUUUGUGCAGCUCGCAAAGCGUUUGUCUCAGUCCACCGAUGCACACGAUGUGCAGUGCCACCGAAGGAGCAGGCAAACAUCGAUGGCGGCUCUCCCUCGCGCCUUCUGUGCACUUCACCCCGCUCUUCACCGACCCGCCUUCAUCAUAUUCCCCUGAGGUACCAGCCCACACACGACAAGCAGUGCGAACGGCGACGCCGUGCAGUUCGCCGUGCGAAUCCCCUCCAGUGCAGUUCAGCCGCUCACUGAGAAGUCCUUCGGAGGCCUCCGUGUGCAGUUCACGCAGAGCGCCCGUGCCGUGCGUAGCGUGUGUGCCUGCAAUCCACGAAGCACAACCGUGGCCGCCGCGAAGUGCACAAGGAGAACGACAGUGUAGCCCAAAACUGGGCGGUGUUCUGCUCUGGGCAUCGCAGUCUGACAAGGCAUCCGGCGAGCGCCUCGCCCCGCAGCUGGGGGCGCGUGUGAUGGCUGUCGCCGCCGCCGGCCAGCUCAGUCGGCCUCCCUCACUGGAGUUCGCGGCGUCCUCCACCAGGUCGAUGGAGCUAACCGCAGCGACUCGCGGCAUGCAGCUCCCGUGCGCGUGCUUGUGCAGCUCUUGUCCGUGUGCGUGUGCGAAUUGCAUGGAGCUCUCUAUUUUGCUUUGGCGUACUGCAGUUUUUUUGGUUCCAUUUUUGUUUGCUAUUGGCCAUGGGUGUUGCAGUGUAGAUUGCCGUUUGCCACAUCUCGUCAUUCCCUCGCACUCUUUUGUUCUCUUUUCAGGAGGCUAGUUCCAGUGGCUAGUCCACGGACUGCAUUGAGGACAACGCCCUUUUCACGUUGGAAAUGCUUCGUGGCCGAA